CAGCCUUGAUUCCUAAGACGUCAUGUCAGGGCCAGGCUGUCUUCAUUCUUUCUUUCUUUCUUUCUGUUUCCUUCUUCUUUCCUCAUUUGUCGGCCUUUGCUCUCUGCUCUUCGGUCCUCGAUCUCCGGUCUCCGGUCUCCUAUCCCCGAUUCCGCGGAAUCUCCAGGCCAUCAAUAACCUGCGGUACCCUGCCAACACAGCAUCGACCCCGGAUUGUAGCUCAGCCUUGGCACUGUGCUAGUGAUGAAGGAACGACCAGCGCUCACUUGUCGGUCUCAGUUGGUGGCGCUUCAAAGCCCACGAGCGCUGCGUUCCAGGGUCUCGGGUCGGAAAUACCGCGAGAGUCUUCGGCAGCUUUGGCGGUGGUUGGAACACGUCAGAAAGCACAAGCUUUAUAAGAAGUAUUUCUCUUAUGGAGACUAUGGAGACGAGGCAUACUUUGAAGACGGUGAACACGAUAGUGAUUACUUUGGAUCGGAUGAAGAUGAUGAAGACGACGAAGACGACGAAAGCCAGGGUGAUGAGAAUUUGUCUGCUUCAGAAUCAGCCUCAGAGUCGUCCGAACAUGAAUCUAACGAGAAAGAAUCGGAGAUACGAGAUUUUGAGGAGAUUUGCAGAAUCUGUCAAUUGCCUUAUGGCCUUGAGCCCACCAGUAUCCAAGAGCUUAUUUCAGGAGCAUCUGCCGGACGUCAAUGUUGUACAACAAUUCUGGACGCUAUUCAGACCUGGCACAAGAGCCUCGCGCGAAAAGCUCUGUCAUUACGUGGACUACGGCUAGACGAUGCCAAGAUUAGGAUAGCAAGUGGCUUUCAUCAUAGUGGAGUCAUUUAUCUAGACUGGUCGGCAAUGGUUGACGGGGUCUCAAUCUGCCUCCUCCAGCCAAAAGAUUCUCUCCCUCAUGAAACGGACAUUGCGUCAAUCUACAAGUUCCCUAUUCUUCCGCCGAUUACCAGUGACACAUUCUCCUCAGCAUCUGCCCAACGCCUGGCUCGAUGGCUCCAUGAAUGUACGCACAAUCAUCCCAUGUGCCGAAAAGAACUUUCUGAUGCAGUCCAACACUACAUGCCCAAUCGAGUGCUUGAGAUUGAGGGACAUCAGAUUGUCCUGAGAGAAGAUCUCAAGUCGAAAAGCCCAUACGUGUGUCUGAGUCAUUGUUGGGGUCCCAAGGGCGUGUCAUUCAAACUAGAAAGCUCAACUAUCGAAGUGAUGAGAGACGGCGUAUCGAUCUCGGCAUUACCUAAAACAUUCCGGGAUGCAGUACUAGUGUGUUUACGCCUUGGACUCCGGUUCAUUUGGAUUGAUGCCUUAUGCAUCAUCCAGGACAGCAAAACUGACUGGGAACAAGCUGCAGCAAGCAUGGCAGACAUUUAUGAAAACGGCCUUUUGACAAUUGCUGCAACAGCAUCUGAGGAUAGUGACGGCGGAUGCUUCUCUGAUAGAGGCAACGCCUUCUGGCCAAGGCAGAUGAGCAGCUCAAUCCUGCAUGUUGCACAGUAUCGGCACGUGUGGGUUCUGGACGAUGAUCAUAUGAAUAAUUUCGGGACCUGCCCGCUCUUGCGACGCGCCUGGGUCUUUCAGGAGCGGCGCCUAUCUGUAAGAAUAGUGCAUUUUGCCGAGCUGCAGAUGAUCUGGGAAUGCUGUUCUACAUGGAAGUCAGAGUCGGGACAUAUCGAUCACGAUUGGACGAACGACGAAGGGCUCUCACCGUUCUUGCAGACCAGGUCUAUACCGUUCAAGAUGCCCAUUGUAAACGCCACUCAAGACUGGCAAGCUAUUGUCGUUAAGUACUCCCCACUUCAGUUAACGUACGUCGAAGAUCGGCUCCCAGCCCUCGCAGCCAUCGUGAAGCGGAGGAUGCGCUCUCGCCCUGGCGAUAAAUACAUAGCAGGCUUAUGGAGGGAUUCACUACUGGAAAACUUACUUUGGCUAUCGACGGCGCCACAGAGAUGCCGACCUGCAAUCAAUAUGCCAACAUGGUCUUGGGCUUCCACGACUGGUGCAGUAGAUUUUGUGUCUCAUGUGGUAAUGCAUGCGAGCGUUGAAGACAUGAAAUAUACGCACGUCGGACCUCCACAGCUGGGCAAUGUUGUUAAUGCUAGCAUAGUGCUCCGGGGUCACUGCUUACGAGGCCUUCUAGAUGAUACGAGUGGUAUAAAUGUCUGUGAUUUAUCAGAGAUGGCAACGUUAAAACAUCUCGGAAGGAUAUCUUCACUUUUUCACCCCGAUCAUGAUUUCGACACCGAACCCGAAACCUUGCCAACUACCGAUGAGGUCUUGCUUCUAUUCAUGGGUAAUCAACGCGACUAUGGUCGCAUGACUUGUAUUUUCUUGGCACUCAGACAAGUCUCACCGGACGAGCAUGAACGGAUCGGCGUGUACAAGAUGCGGCCGGAUCUGCUUCCAUGGAUUGACGGGCGGGUGCGGCGCAAAGCAAAACCGACGGAUAAUGUAUACUUUCGACUAUGGCGCCAGUCCGUUGCAGACAUGCCCGUGCGGCAGUUCAAGAUCAUCUAGGCUGUUCGGAUGUCUGGGCAGGAGGGGGCUUACAACAAGGCCUCCAGUCGUGUGUCGCCAGAAGCCGCUCUGAAGUACGCAUUUAGUCGAAGGAUGACCACAACUACAACCACGCUUCAUCGAGGCAUUUGCUGCUACUCCUUCGGUCUUCAAACCUGGGACUCCGUCUAUUCCGCACCCGAUCACUCAGCACACCAGGUCAAGAAAACGAGAGCACCAAUCUCAACGCGAUGCAACGCAACAAAACACGAGGCGACAAAACGGGAAGCAGCGCAAUACUCUAGCACUGCAAAGCCACGUGGACAUUCACGACAAGGACGUGUCGUCUCGACACCCUCGCAACGCCCCUCGUCUCGCCUCACCACAUCACUUCAUCAUCGGUUGUUCGACCUCGAGUCCAUCACUUCGAGUACCGUCCUCUCCAGGCUGUAUUAUCAGUCUUAUCGGCGAUGUUCUCGG